GAGGAGGAGGAAGAGGAUCAGAAGGAGGGAGAGAGGAGUUAAAUGAUUCCACUGCAGUAAGGCUCCCUCAACGACAUCAGUCACACAGGUGGACUAACUUCUUUACUCAGCUUUGGAGAGGCACUGCAAUAUUUCACGCCGGCCCAUUUACAGAAUCUGGUGGCGGAGACUCCAGGACUGUACUACCUGAUCACUGGACUGGAUUCCACUGUGUGAGGGUGUCUGCCUCAUUUCUUUGGAGACGCACACGGAUAGGAUCCUCCAUCAGGUCUUUGAAGACAUUCAAGAUCACCUGGACUGGUCCCAAACCCUUAGCAAACCUGUCACAUGACAUCUGAAAGGUAAACAAACUCGUAUCACGAAAGAAACCAUCACACCCAUCAAUUAACCAGCAGCUGCACAUAGAACCUGUCACUCCAGCCAGUCCAAAUGCCAGGACUCGUGAGAGGCCCAAACCCCGGAGGACUGUUCCCAGUCUUCCUUAAGACUCUCCUGCUGGUGGCACUGUUCUGCGGCAGUGAUGCCAGCGGGUCCGAGUAUGAGUACGUCUCUCAGCCACGCUUCCUGUGCACUCCCAUCCCCGCAGACGCCGACCCCGGCUGCUUCCCCAUGGCGGCGGGGCCUCUGGGGUCCAGCACUGGGGCUCCAGGGGGUGGGCACCACAGCGGGGGCCACGGCAGCAGCGGGGGCGGCAGUGGAGGCGGCUGGUGGGGGCUGCCAGAGGAGGCCAAAGCCACCAUCCUCCACCUACGGGAGAGCUUGGUCCAGCAGAAGGAGACCAUCCUGAACCAGAGGGACAAGAUCAGGGAGCUGACGUCCAAACUGGCCCUGUGCGAAGGCUUCGGCCGGGGCAUGGGUCACCACGACCUGGGGCCCUCGCCUCACCUGACGCACCACACGCUGCCUUACCCCGAGAGCAGUCACCACGGGGACCCCGAGGAGCAUUACCCGUCCAUGGGCCUGGGGGGCCAUCACAGGACGGCAGCCCUCGGGGAGAAGCACGGCAGCGAAAUGACACCCUCGUCAUCGUCAUCGCCAGAUCAGCUGGAGAGGAUGCUGCACGCACUGAAGGAACGUCUGGAGAGUCUGCAGACCCGCAACACCUCCAACACCUACUCAAAUUCACUCAAAGACCUCCUGCAACGGAAGAUUCAGGCUCUCGAGCAACAACUCAGCCAUCACACCACCUCGCACAGCAGGGGCCGUGAUGAUGAUGGACAUCCUGACAACAGCCGCUAUGAUGGCGAUAGCGACACUGACGACGAUGAUGACAUACCUCAUGACCUUGGACACUAUGACGCGCACCGUGCUGACGGGAGUCACGACGACGGACGCCUUGGUGGAGAUGAAGAUGAGGGUGAUGACAGUGUCGAAGACGACAAUGAGACGGAUGGUGCAUACCCCUAUCACACACAAGGACAAAGGACACCCAGCAGCCACAGCAGCAAGCUGGAUGCUGUUCUGAACCACCUUCAGCACAGACUCACAGACACAGGUUCCCGCAAAAAGACCAAUGUCCCGGACGGCUUCCAGAUCGGAUUCCCUAUGCGCACCAACUACAUGUAUGGGCGUGUGAAGCACACCCUCCAACAUGAGAUCUUCGCCCUGACCCUGUGUCUGUGGCUGAAGGGAGGGGCAGGGCCAGGGCUGGGGACCCCCUUCUCCUACUCAGUACCCGCCCAGGCCAACGAGCUGGUGCUGAUCGAGUGGGGCAACAACCCCAUGGAGCUGCUGGUCAACGACAGGGCGGUCACCCUGCCCCUCUCACUGAGUGACGGCAAGUGGCACCAUGUGUGUGUGACGUGGACGACUCGUGAUGGGCUGUGGGAGGCGUACCAGGAUGGCGUGAAAAGGGGAUCAGGGGAAAACCUCUCCGCAUGGCAUCCCAUCAAGGCAGGAGGAGUCUUCAUCCUGGGACAGGAACAGGACACACUCGGCGGUCGCUUUGACGCCACCCAGGCAUUCGUGGGCGAGAUCUCCGACCUGCAGAUGUGGUCCCACAUCCUUACCGGCCACGACAUCUACAGUCUGGCCUCCUGCAGCGGUCACAUGGCCGGUGACAUCAUCGCCUGGUCGGAGUCUGCCCUGGAGCUGCAUGGCGGAGUCACCAGCUACCCCUUUGACCCCUGUCACUAAGUUCACAGGUCAGAGGUCAUCACACAUAGGCUCCUGAGCUGAUGACAGGAGUGAAUCUCAUGCCAGAAGACUGAGCUGGUAAAGGUGGCACACAAGGUCUUUCAUAUCUAUAUGCCCAUUAUCCACAAUCAAUUCAAACGAUGGCCUUCUGAAGCUUUUAACAUUAUCCAACUGUCUGACGUGUGUGUGUGUGUGUGUGUGUGUGUGUGUGUGUGUGUGUGUGUGUGUGAGGGUGCAUGUGUGUAUGUGAGGGUGCGUGUUUGUGAGAGUGUGUGUCUACAUAUGUGUUUUUACUGAGUUGUUUUCUUGCACAUACUGUAUCUUGUCUUUGUAUUUUGGAGCAUCUAAGUUAGAAGUAUUGUUGCUAAGUGUUUUAGUAACACAUGGCAGAAUAUGUGACAUAUUGUCAUUACAAAAGUAGUAGCCUCUAAAUAUCAGUGUAAGCUACCCAUUGAAACUUUUUUUAAUAUAUAUCGCUUGGAAGUAGUAGGUUAAGUCAACAUAUCCCAUGUUUGUCUUGAGACUGCAGUGAAAGGUAGGUAGAUAUGAAAAACUGAUCAUUCUAAAUGAUUACUUAAAGAGAAAGAAAAGAUUUUUGAAUAAAGUCUUCAAAGAAUACAGCAAUACCAAAGAAGUUACGGUAGUUAAUUUUGUUAUUCAAAAUUAUUAAAUGACACCUAUGAACUCCCUCCCCUUGUGUGUAGUUGCCAUUCAACCAAUUGAAUACACUGCACCUAGUGUAGACCUAACCAGCAACUGGAUGUGUGACCAUAUCUAGUGGUUCCACACAUGAAAUGUUCUGGAUAGAACUUAAAUCAAAUUGUGUAUAGAUAUGAUUUGCAAAUCUACUUUGGGUAAUAGCUGCUCAAGGAUAAUAAUUGUGUAUAUACCCAGAAGGAUGUGGGAAAAGUGUUGUAAAGUCAGGCUGAUAAUAGUUGCUGGAUGACCAGUUGUGUCUUUACGUCAAACUUGCAACUCAAAUCACGUGUAUGCAUGUUUCUAUGUGUGCAUGUUCACAGAGGGUUAUCGAACACAUGUACUUCUUCAACCUUUUAUUUGUGUUUCCUUUUUCUCUUUUUUUGUCAUGUCAUGUAAGAUUCUCAGUCUGUCUGUGAUUCAUUUGCCCUGCCCUUCAUGUUCCUUGGAGUGGUGACAAUGGCCAUUACAGUUAAAUUCACUUAGGACAAUUAAGCCAUUGCAGUCAAAUUAACUUUUAAGACAAUUAAGUAAUUUCUUCUUGUUAGGGACUGUUAACAUAAUAGAUAAUUUUGUAUUUAUUUUCAUGUCUUUGGCAGUGAUUAGAUUCUGCAUGCUAUUUUAGUAUACAAUCCAUGUACAUCUAUGUAUAAUUGAGUGUUUUGUUUCUCAAACUUAUUGUGGGGUUUGUUUUUGUUUGUUUAAAUGUUUGGUUUCACAUUAUUGUGGUAGUGUCCCUUCAUUUGUUUAUGUUUUGUCUUUCUUUCUGUCUUUAUGGUGAAUUGUGUGAGAAUGCUGCAUGGAUCCCUGUGCUGAUAAAUGUUGGAAAAAUAUUAUUUUGCAUUUUGUAAACAAUUGUAAAUAAAGGUUUUCAGUAAAAAAAA